GCUGUGGUUGGCGACUACAUGGCGUCAGGUGGAGCAGAGGCAGACGAUGGAGGAAUUCCAUUGGACAUUGACAGCAUGCACAUGCUCCUCCAAGUGGAGCAUGAACAGAUUCAGAAAAGGACUUUUACCAACUGGAUAAAUGCUCAACUUGCUAAGAGAUGCCCUCCCUCAUUUGUGUCAGACCUGUUUUCUGACCUCAGACAUGGGUCACAGCUGCUUGACCUGCUGGAGGUGAUGAGUGGCCAACCUAUGAAAAGACAAAAGGGCCACGGGCUUUUCCAACAGAGAGCCGACAUUGAGACAGCACUCAGUUUUCUUAAGAAGAAAUCUAUCAAACUGGUGAACAUAAACAUCCCAGACAUCAUAGAUGGACGGUCCUCAAUCAUUCUUGGCCUCGUAUGGACAAUCAUUCUCCACUGUCAUAUUGAGGAGCUGGCCAGCACUCUCUCCUUCAGUUCUCGCCAUUCCUCGUUUGACUCUUUGACCAGUCUGGACUCCUGGUCUGGCAGCCCCGUCCCAUCUAGUCCAGUCCCCCUGGGUCAGACACCUCCCCUCCACAGACACUUCAGGAUAUCUGCCAAGAAGGCCCUGCUCAUGUGGGUCAGGGACCAGUGCCAAAGGGUUGGUAGCUCUGUCAGUGUGAAGGACUUUAAAUCGAGCUGGAGAAGUGGCGAGGCCUUCUUGGUCGUCCUGUGUUCUCUCAGACCCCAGCUGGUUGAUCUCUCACUGGUGCAGUCCAGAAGCAACCAGGAGAACCUGGAAGAAGCUUUUCACCUGGCUGAGAGGGAACUCCACAUCCCUCGCCUGUUGGAGCCCCAGGAUGUUGAUGUUAAAGACCCUGAUGAGAAGUCAAUAAUGACAUACGUGGCCCAGUUUCUACAGUACUCCAAUGACAUGCCAGCACCUGAUGACCAUCUGCAGCUGUUUCCUCUGGAUCAACCCCCCUGCUCCUCACCUGUGAAUUUGUCUGCUCACGUUACUCCAGCAAUUGCUGUGUCACCGUCACGCCAGGUCUCUCCAAAUGUGCGAGCGCAAGAGAUGACAAGCUGGCUGCAGCGUGCCUAUCAGGAGCUGUCAGAUGCAUGGCUGGCUACAGAGGAAUCAAGCUAUGCAGAAAAAUACCAAGUAUUUCAGAACCUUGCUGGCUCCUUCAAUGAGCAAAGGAGACCAGUGAUGACCCACCUUGCAACCAUAAGACACCGCCCUGAGCUGAGUCGAGAGCAGCACGCUCUCAGGACAGCGUGGGAUUGCCUGGAAGAGGAGCUGCAGAGAUGUAAAACAGAGCUGGACCUGAGUCUUCCCCCUCCUCUGGACAUAGUGGCUGUGUGGCUGCAGCGUGCAGAGGCAGCACUAGCAGAAGACGGAGGAAGGGGGAAAGACCAUGCAGAUGCUGCUAAAGAAGCAAGAGCUCAACAUGAUACCCUGAAGACUUUAAUUCAGGAGAUGGGCCACCAUGUCCAAACCCUUGAUGCCUACCACAACAUGGACAAUACAGGGAAUGUAGUAGUUCCCCCUGAAAAGUUUGAUGAGAUAAAAAGACGUGUAACCCAUAUCCAAGUGUCAGCAAAGUAUAAAGAAAUCAAGCUGGAAUAUCAGGAAUCCUGUCACAAUGUACUGGACCUCCUGGGUCAGAUCAGUGCUAAGGUCCAGACCUGGAAAGCUCCUUGCAGAUCAAAGGAGGCCGUACAUGGGCUUCUGCAGGACUGGAACGAAACAGUGGAGCACCAAGGCAUGCUUUUGAUUCUGAUGGAAGCUCUCCAAAACCUGAAGGAGAAGGCAAAUGCUUACACCAGCACAGCAGCACUAAGUGAAGAUUCCCAGCUUGUUCUUCGUCAGGUGAAGGAAGCAGAAAGUGAAGUUGAACUGGCCACACAGACUGUGAUGACUGUGAGAGGGAUGAUGGAGAGAAUGGUGUCUGCAUGGGAGACUUACAGCAAGUGCCUUACCUCUCUACAGACAUGGCUCGAACAGACUACGCGGUCUCAAACCCAGUCUGCUGCGGAAAUAAGUGAAAGGACAUCAUGUCAGGCUCAGCUAAAUGAGGUGGGGAACUUUCUUAUUGAGGUCACAGAAACUUCAACCAGCUGUAGCCUGGCUGAACAACUCCGCAAGGUCAACAUGCAGUGGGCUGAAUAUAUGAAGAGGAUAAAGUUUGAAUUACCAUCAGGGCCUAGUGUUGGCCCCCCAUGUCUUCAGAUGGUGCAUUCACUGACCCAGGAGGCCAGCUGGCUACUCAGGCAACCACUGGAGGUGGCCUCAGUCCCACUGAAGGCUAACAGGCAGAAACUACAGCUACUGAGAAAAAAAAUGGCAGAUAUGGACCUUUCAUGUCUCAGUCCAUCUCCAGACUUUCAAACAAGCCACAUAGAGAACUUCCAGCACACUCUCCCACAGAUGCUGGUGGAAGCAGAGAGGACGUGUGGGGAGCUGCAGCGGGCUGCGUCCAGACUAGAGGGUCAUCUGGCUGAGAUGGACCGCUGGAGCACAGAUGCCCUGGACUGUUUCCAGCACCUAAAGGAGAAAGAGCACAGAGGACGCUCUGCACCGGAACCCAGAGGACUGAUCUCUCGAGGCUUGCAGCUGGAGAACCAGGUUGUAACUGGGGAACAGGGUCUGCAGGACCUUGUGGCACGAGUACAGAAAACGUCUCCGCUGUGUCACCUGAGUACCUCUGGCAUGCAGGACAGGAUCUCAGAGGCACUGUCCCUUUGCCAGAGUAAUAAAACAUCUCCAUUACCACCGGCUGUGGUCCACAGUGAAGUUCAUUCAAAAGCCCAGUCAAUGGCGAAGAGCAGGCUGGAGAGGGUCAGGUUUCGUCUGCAAGGACGCAUCCAACAAGCCAUCAGGUUAUUUGGUGGCAAAGAGAUUUCUGAGUCACAAGCCAAGAAGAAACAGAGAGCUUUAAAGAUUCUGCAGACUGCUGUCCUUGAAGAGUUCCUGGAUGCAGUGGAAGGUUUUGGGGCCUUCUGCUCUGGGCCCCAGCUCCAGGACUUGAUGCUCCUCUCUGACUCAGUCAGAAAGCAGUGGGAGGCUGCUACUGAGGGAGCUGCAUCUAUUGAGGAACAUGUCAAAUCACUCCAAGAGCUGCGUGAAACCCUGACACCAUGUAAAUCAUCCUGCCUUGCAACAGACCAGCUGAAGGAGUCAGAGAUAAAUGUAAUUGUUGUCAGGGGUGACACUGUGGAGACCAGGCAGGAUGCAGAGUGGACCAUUAUCCCAGAGACAGUUGCCCCACCUGAGGAAGAACACCCCCUUGACCAGGAAGUACUAAAAAGGUACAGAACGUCCUGCUUGGUGUUUCAGUCCCAACUACAGAAGAACAAGCAACAUUUGGAGCAGGUUAUUCCACAUCCAGUCACCAUCUCUACCCUGUUGAACCAAAAGAAGCAGCUACAGCUCAGAGGGAAGCUGGAGAAGGUUCACUCAGCUGCCCAGGCUCUGGAUCGAUUCCUGGCCACAGUGAGGGAAGUCAGGGCAGAGAUCCCAACCCUGCUGUCAAGCCAGGACCCCAGUGGGCAGCAAAAUGAGGCAGUGUGGGAGCAGGAGAGGCAUUCUUGGCAGGCAGCAAUGCAGCAGAGGUUGCAGACUGCUGCGGAACAAUCUGGUGGUGUUGACAGCAGCUUAAGGGCAGCAGGGUUGACUCUGACCAUGGAUGGUGCAACUGUGAUGUGCCAGGAUGUUGUGACAUCAUUGUCCAAGGAUAUUGUGGAUGUAGAGGUAAAGCUGAUAAAAAGCAGGAAGAGGGGGAGCCAAGACAAGUCAGAUCCAGUGGUAAAGGAGCAAAUGCAGGGGAAUGAAGAGUCGAAUCCUGUGGGGGUACAUCAGACAAAGACUGUGGACACUUCACCACAGCAGGGGGGAGCACAGGAGCAGGAGCAUCCCCCUCCAAGCACAGCAGAAGAGAAGUCAAGGUUGGAGGCCAAAAGGAGUAGGCAGGGGGGAGAGGAGGACACAAAGACACAAAGGGUGGAGGAGCACAAAUCUGAAACAUGGAGAUCUGAAGGGGGUGUCAAGGACCAGAGGAGCAGUGAGCUUAAGAAAGGGGGAAAGGAGAAGGAGAGCUUGGUCCAGAGGAGAGAUGCCUUGUUAGGAGCACUGAGGGAGAUCAGAGCAGCAGCUGAGCAGCUGGCACUGCAGGAGCCCACCCUGCCUGCUCUGCAGCACAGACUGGACCAGUGUUGUGGCCUGACUCAGCUGCUGAAAAGAUUUCAGAGCCUUCGUGGUGAACUGAGUGGGACACUGCAGAGAGCAGAAAGUAUCAUCAGUGAACAAGCCUCCUACGUGGGGAAAGACAACCUGCAGAGACUACACACUAAAAUCCAGGAAACCAAAGCAGAGCUGAGUGGCCUUGGGGACCGCAUAGAAGAUGUGCGAAAUGUCUGCAGGCAGCUUCACACCCACCUACGUCACCGCCCAGAACACACUAUCGUCCCGUUUGAGAGCGAAGCUGAUGCUCUCAUGGACCAAUGGCUGGAUAUAUCAGAAAGAACAGAUUCCCACCUUGAAAACCUACACCUUGGCCUGACUCUGUGGGAAGGAGUCCUGCAGCUGGGGGCAGAGGUGGAGAGCUGGACCACCAGUCAACUAGCAGUGUUUGCUCAGUCUCUGUCCUUCCAGACCGAGGAUGGUAUCAAAACAUUGCAGAAUGACAUUGUGGCCCAGGAGGAGCGUAUGGAUCAUUUUCACCAAAGAGCCGCUGAGAUUCAGUCACUGCUUCACAGCACAGAGCUACCUGUGGAGCUGCAGGUGGUUGAGAUCCAGAUGAGGAAGAAGAUGGAGCAGCUGAAGGAGCUUGUUUCUGAGGCUGAGGAUUACAGGCAGAAGGUGGCUGCAAAGGGACAAAUCACUGUCAGGAUGGCUGAGUGCUUCAACUCCCUCCAGAAGAUUCAGGACUCCCUAGUCACUCUCAGUGGGUCAGAUAUUGCAACAGUCCUCGCAAAACUUAAGGAUGGGAGUCGGCUACAGGAGAAAGUCAGAAACACCCAUCAGCUAUUCUCCGAGACGGAAGAACAGACUGCGAGGAAUAUCCAGGAUCUUGACAGAAUGCAAAGGGAGUGUGAGCAUUUGGAAAAAUGGCUGCAAGCCGCUGAGGAAAAAGCGGUGAAGGAGGAAAAUCUUGGUCUCCUGCAGGAGGAAGUACUUCAGCAAAGAGUGAGGACAGAGCUCCUCAGUCAGCUCGUAUCAGCCUUGCAGAACAGCACGCUUCAGCAGUCUGUGCUGGUUGAAGAGAGUAGCAAACUGCUGGAACAGUACCACAACUUCCACACUAACAUACAGUGUAGCUCCAAGGACAAACAGCAAACUCUGAGCAGGGACAUUGAGGUAUUUCAGGCUUUGUCUAAGUCCACACAAGCCUGGGUCGAAGAUCUGAGACGAGCCGCCGACUCUCCACUUAGCCUUGGAAUCCAGAGCCCUGUAGAGCAGAAACUUCACCGAGCUCAAGCUUUGGUAAGUGUGACAGCAGAGGGGGAGGCUCGCCUUGAAGAGCUCAGAGUUACUGGAAAUAGUCUAAGCCAAAGAGUGUGUGAUAGAGUUGACUUGAAACAGGAAGUUAAAGAAACCAUUCAGAAAACAGAGGAGCAGUGGACGAACCUUCUGCAGUCUCUUGAGCCUUAUUACAGGGUUCUUCAGACUGGUUCAGAGCUCACCUCUUCCUACCUGGCCCAAAGACAGGAAGCCUGCUGCAGAGUGGAAGCGCUGCAGCGCCAGACUGCUCAGCUCCCCACUUUAUUCCCUUGGCCUGGCACAGCAGAGCGUAGACACGCCUGCCUUCUAGCACGUCAUCUGUGGGAUGAAACAGAAUCCCUGCAAUUAACUCUUACCACCUUGGCUGAAAAGAGGAGAGACCUGGCUGAGCAAACAAACGACACUAUCUGGAAAGACUCCUCCUGGGUGGAGCUGGACACCUGCUGGUCAGGACUCAUGGCAGAACUGAAGGGUGUGUGCUCCUGCCUCGAGGAAGGUGUGAUUAAUGAGGAGUGUUUUGGCCAGUUACUGCAGGACUGCGACCAUGAAUUGAUGUCCCUGCAGGAAACGAUGUCAGCCUGUCAAGCCCAAAAAGAAAGCUCAGUUGGACUGCUCACUGAUGUACCAGCUCUGGAGGCUUUGUUGCAAAAAGUAACAAGUGUAGAAAAAGACCUUUUGCAGCUUGUAGCACUCAAGGACUCGCUCACAUCCAGUUCCACAGCCGAGGCCCAGGCCAGCCUUUCGCAGCAAGUCACAAACCUCCAGAACCACAAGAGGGUGCUAGAUAGUAGCAUCAGAGAAAAGCUGACACUGCUCAAAGAAAAUGGCAACCAGAGAGUUCAGCAAGUGAAGGAAGAGGUGGCCUGUGUACAGGCAGCACUGAAAGACCUGACAGAAAAUGUGCAAAUGUUAUAUGGGAACCAUGAAGUGUCACCUGACAUUAGCCAGCUCAAACAGCAAUGGGGUACUAUACAGCUGUGUGAUACCAGGCUGACAGAGUUGGUUGCGAGACUUUACAACAUGCAGAAGACGGGAGAGUCGAAAGAAAUGCUUCAUGCAGAUGCUAUUUUGGCUGUCGAUGCAGUUACUAAAGACAUUGACAGUAUCAAGUCCAUUUUUCUACAAAAGAAGCAUGAGUGUGCAGAAAGCACUGCUGUCAGGGUGAAACAGGCCAUCAGCCAGCUGCAGCAGUGGAGCCGAACAGUACAAGCUCAGCCAUCAUCGCCCAGCCAGGCAGCUCUGGAUGAAGGUUUACAGCUGCAACAUUCUCUCCGUGAAGUGCUCUCAGAAAAAGACUUCCUGCUAAAUUGUUUGGGUUCAAAAGUAUCCAAGUCAUUGGAAAAAGAGGCUUCAAAUGCUCUCAGUGAAAGUACACUUGCCCUUGAAAUGCUGUCAAAAUACCUGGUCAGUCAAGGUCCUAGUGAUUUAGACAAUGAAGAUUUGACGGGUGAAUCUGUUGAAGAAAGUUUUAGAAGUGAAUGUGGUGCACCACAUUCAGCUCCACCUGAUGAAAGUAUGGUCACGUGUCCUCCAGCAUUUCUUUUCCCUUCUGCAGAUGACAAGAUGGAAAAUUCAGGAACUGAUCAAAAUGACAACAAAAUGAAAAGCAAAGGUUGUUUGGAUUUGACUGAGCCCAUCACAAACGCUUCAGGAGAAUCUAAUGUGGUAGCUGAUGCCACAAAACAAGACCAAGCAGAGAGUCUUAUGCAAACAUCCAAAGAACAGACCUUUGUACCCAAUCAUGUCCCCAGUGCAGAUAUCCCAGAAUUUUCCAACUCAAAAACCCAACAACAAUCACAACAGUUAACACAUGCAAAGAGUUUAACAGCUCAGACAGGCACAGCCAGUAACAAAGAUGUCAGUUUAGCGCACUGUGUCACAUCCCUGGUCGGAUUACCAUCCACAAAGCCUGACAACAUCCUCCUUUCCAACCCUGAAAAUGUGUUUGAGCAUUUAAUAGCACAGUCACAGAUGUUUCAAGAACAAGAGAAACACUGUGAGGACCUCAGAACGACUCCCAAGAAAGUGUUGACAGUUGUGUUGGAGAUGGAGCCACAGGACAUGCAGAUAAAUGUAAAUGUUGGUCCAGACAUACUAGGAUGUUCUCAGAAAACAAAGCUGUAUGAUGCGGAGCUCAUGGCUGUUUCAGGCACAGACUCUACCGAGAAGAAAUCUGGACUGCUUAUGUUAACUGGUCCUGAAUCGGACAAACCAGACUUGAAAAAACACAAUUUAGCAGCACAAUCUGAGAUAUUUAAGGCAGGUCCUGUUGUUCACCGAGAUGAGGAUAUCAGUUCAAAUAAAGUGUUUACAAUAAUGUUGGAUAUGGAGCAAAGCGAACAUGAUUGGGCCAGCACCUUCGAUUCACUCAGAUGUUUGAAGGGAUCAGAGCCGUGUGAUGCAAAGCUCUCAGACGUUUCAAGCACAGGGAUUCCUGAGAAAAAAUCAGGGUUGUUCACAGCAUUAAUCAGUCCUGAAUCAGUGUUGAGAAGCCAUUAUUUAAAGAGUCUUAAAUCACAUGUGUCUCAAGUGGAAGACUCCCUGUCAGAGAGUACAGAGCUGGAGGAAGUAAAAUCUACAAGUGCCAAAUUGUCAUCCACAGAAAACUCAGAUACCCAUGAAUUAAUGCGCAGUGAGGUGCUGAAUUCCUCCAGUUCAUGUGAAACUUUUUCUGAAUGUCAGCUUACUGGUGCACAUGCAGCAGAAACAAAGUUUGUGGCUGUCAAACCAGAAGAAGUGACAGAUUUCUGUCACAUGGAGGAGCAAACGGUAAGCUCAGUCCUGUGCACUGUGGAAGCUUCAGUGCAACUUGGAGAUACCUUAACUGAAAUGCAAAUACCUGCUGGUGACAGUAAAGAGUUGAUGGGUGCUGACACUGCACAGAGCACAGAUAUAGGACAUGCAGAGAUGGCUGAGGGAGAAGAAGUAGAAGAAGCAAGUGACCCCAAAUGUCCAGAGUCUAAAGAUUCCAAAAUGGUACAAACACAAGACAGUGCUUUGCUGCUAGAAGAAGAGUGUGACUCAGGCUUGCCCUCAUCACUAGAGGACACAAGGGAGAUGCAGGAACAGCCUGAGAUCCAAGAAGGCAUGGAGGCUGAGAAGACUACGCUGGUUUCGUCGGCUGAUCUGGGUGCUGGAGACGCAACAGGUGGAUCAUCAGAGUCCUGUAAACGCAGGUCCACCAUGCAGGAUAUUUUGUCUGAGAUAGAGAGCUUGGUGGAAAGAAGGAACAUAAAUAGGACACCACACAUGGAUUUAAAUUGGUACCUGAAGUGCUGUCCUGGUGAAUCAGAGAUUCAACUGGUGCGAACAGUCCAGCGGGUUCUGGCGUGCCGAUAUCAGCCAGCACAACUUGAUGUCACUGCUAUGGCCAAACAACUGCAGGAGGCAGAGGAGUACAGACAUUGUGUGCAGGAGCAAGUAGCUAUUAUCAAAGGCAUUAGUGCUGCCAGGGUUUGUGACCCAGAUGCCUUGAAAAGCGCUGAAGGACAAUGGAAUGCAGCACUGCUGGAUGCCUCUGCCACAGUGCAGGUCAAAGCAGCACAGCUGGAGAAGGUCAAACAGUAUCACAAACAGAUGAAGAUGAUCAGAGCUUUCUUGGAGGUUGUAGCUACAGAAAAAGAAAAAUCAAGCUUAAAUGCUUUGGGAAGCAGUGCUGUUCAAACUGACAAACUCCACACCCUGCUGCAAACCAUGAAAGGGAAGAAAGGUAUGAUGGAAGAGCUCCUCCAGUUAAGAAGCCAGUUGUCAGUCCUCUUGAGUGACGCUGAAAGUUUGGCUGCUCUUCUUGCCCAGCUUGGAGAUGUCCAGGAAGAAUGGAGGCUUUUAGAAGGAAGCAUCAAAAGAGCCCUGGGGCAUGCCUCAAAUUCCACCUCACAGUUCGUGCUACUUAUGAAAGAAGCUGAUCAACUUAAAGCCAAGCUUGAAGCUCUUCAGAAGUCCAGCUUUCAAAGCAGUGACAACAAAAGUGAUUUAGAAUUAGUUUGUCUGACCACAGACCUUAAACUCUACAUCCAGCUUUAUCUAGACUUACAAUCCCAAUCAGAUGCUCUUGUCCAUUUCUGUCUAGGUCAGAAGGAACAGGGUGAAAUCCAACAUAAUCUUCAAGAACUGGGGUCCUUGCUAAAUGUCACCAAGAGAAAGCUUGACACAUUUAGUUGUAGAAGCAAUUCAUCAGUUAAGGUCAAUAAGCAAUUACAAGACUUAAUCAUAUGGGCUAAGAAAGCAGAAAACCAUAUCUCUAUUGGGCAAAGGUUAGCUCUAUUCCCUGAAGAGGCUCAUAUUCAAAUUGUUGAGAUGAAGAAAUUCCAAACUGAUAUUUUGUCUAGACACUCAAAGUUGCAAGUACAAGUUGAAGAGCUGAAAGACCUAACUGCUGACACGGAGAAGGAGGAAAGCAAUCAAGUAUUAAAGACAAUAGAAGAACUGUAUGAAGCCGUUGCUGACAGUGUGGAUCAUGUUCUUGACAAGAUGAAGAAAAAUCUGCGGGAGAGGCAGAAACUGCUCAUUCAGUUAUCGAGCUUGGACGCCUGGCUAGCAAAAAAAUAUGCAGCAAGAGACCCCUGCACCCACAUUGAAAGUGUUUCCAGAGCUGACAUCCAAAAGCUGGAGAGUGAGCUGGAGUGUCACAAGUUAGACACUGUGGAGAUAGAGAGCCAACUAAAUCUGCUGGAGGUAAUGGCAGAAAGCUGUAAGGACAUAUCAGUAGGGCUGAGUCCCGGAGAGAGCCGCCACCUUGUCAACAGACUAUCAGGUCUGUGGAUGCAACUAGACGGAUUGCUAGCUCAUGAAAAAGCAACCAGCUGGGAAUUAGAAGGGCUGAUUCAUGAACAGACCUUUUCCGAUGAGGAAUUAUCAAACAUCCAGGGUAGCUUAAAGAUAAUUUCCACUGAUUUGAAUCAGCAGAGAUCCCCUUUAAAACAAGAAACCCUUUCAACUAUUGUACAUUUGAAGCACAUGCUAAUGGAGCAUCAAUGUCAAGUACAAGAGCUUCAGCACUGCCAGGAGGACAAGCGAAGUUCCCUGCUGUACACCAUUGGGGAACUGCAAGACAGAUGCAGAGCUGUUAGUCUCAUUGCCUUUGAGCAAGACCAAUAUUUUCACCUGAGGAGACAAAUGGAGGAAUCUAUGGACAUUGCCAAAGAGCAAAUGCAGCAUAUCAGAGACGACACAAUCAGUAUGGAUGAGAGGUUCACACUAUGCCAAACACUCCUUGUUGAACUCCCUUUGGCAAAGACUCUGUGUCAAAAAACAAGUGACCAACUGGAAGCCAUAGCUCAUGAGCUGCUCCCAGCCGAGCUAAAUUCAGAGAGGCAGAGAAUUCACAGUACCAUGGAAACUUUACUCUCCUGGGAGCAUUCUGUCACAGAUGAUAUCAAAAACCUUGAGGCCAAGCUUCUGUUUGGUUUGCAGUUUUCUAUUGAACUUCCUGCCUUAAUUGAUCUUUUCCAAAGAACAAGAGUGGAGCUGGAAGCAGCCAAACCAGUCAGUCCAGAUGAAAAAGCAAUAGAUGAUGCACUGCAAAAAUACUGGGUCAUUUGGAGAAAUAUGGAGUCUGGGAUGAGGGUAUUGGAAGGUCUCGGAAGGAAAGAAAAAAUUAACCUGAAGAACUACAAAGAGCUACACUCCUUUAGAGAUGCAGCCAUGCAGGAGUGCCGUUUACGAAUGGAGAAUCUAUCUCAGGCUCGAGAAUCCUUGAAAGAUUAUCAUUUGGCAGCUCAAGGAGCAAUAGGCUUCCUUCGUAAUGCUGAAGCCACAUUCUUGUCAGCUCCUGGGGGGUUUUUGGACUGUAGCGAGGAACAACAGCAGACCCAACAGGCUCUAGCAGCUCUAGAAGAUGGAUUUCAGGCUUGUAGUUGUCACCUUGUAGAACUGGUCCCCCAGCAACCCUGCCUCUCCCGCCCAAAGAUUGAGCAGCUCCACAUCAGGAUUCUCAGCCAGUUGUUGGUGGGAAGAGCUGUACUUGAGGCCCAGGCCCAGCUUAGGCUGGAAUCCCUGCAGAGGUGUUCAAUAAGACAGCAAAGCCAUAGGAGAUUCCAUGAAGAUGUCCAGCAGCGUCUCUCUAGGUUUGAGGCCAGGCUUUCGGAAUGUGCUGCUACACAAGUGACGUCGUAUGACAAAUGUGUAGCUCAGCAAAAGAGAGCUACACUAAUGAUGGAGGAUCUCCACAGCCUGUCUAGGAAGAUAGAAGAACUGAGGGCUGGAUGCCCAAGGCGGCGCUGUGGGGUUGGUAAAGACAGUGAGUUGGGCGCUCUCUGGAGGCGCUGGGCAUCGUUACGACGAGGUAUCGGCCUCCUAAUGGCACAUACUGAACAGAAAGGAGAAGAAUGGAAGGAUAUCACUACAAGUAUGGAACAAUGUUGCAGUAUUUUGGCCAGUCUUCAGGCUGAAGUGCCAGACUCCUCCACUGUGACCUCCACUCAAGAGGAGCCACAGGAGCUUCUUGCUCAUGCUGAGCUGCACCAGGCUGGUCUGGAGCAGGUACAGCAGGCCUUAGCCUCCCUGCAACAUCGACUGGAGCACGCUCUGAGCUUGUCCACCUCCCAGGACCCGAUCAGUCCAGGACCUGCUGGCAAAACACUGGUGAAGAUUCAAGAGAAUGUCAGGAGCUUAAAAGAGAGGAAUCUGCUGGUGGUAGCUGCAGCUCAGGCAGAGGAGAACGAGAGACUGCAAGUUCAAGACAAGAUAGAGGAGGUGGAGAAACAUGUAUCUGCUACUCUUCUUAUGCUGGAAGCAUGUUCAGAUCCAAGCAAACAACAGGAGCUCAAAAAGGAUUUGUCCUCACAGAAAGCUAAACUACAGUGUAUCAUGGAAGGUGUGAGGAGCAGAUAUGCUGAAAUUCCAGCUGAUAUCAGCAGAAGGUUACAGGUCGUUCACCUGUCUCUACAAAGAUCAGAGGAGAAGCACAUAGAAAACAGCAAAGUGGUUCAGAACCUGGUUGGACAGGUGGCGGAGUUGAGCUCUGGCCUUGAGAAAGUAAAAGUGUUACUGGAACAGAGAAGUCCCACAGUCAGCGAAGCUCAAAAUGUGCUCAAGCGUGUGUGGGAUAAUUUAGAUGCAUGGCACAGCUGUUUGAUGCUCUUGGAGAGCGAGGUGCAGGAUCUUGCAGAGGAGCAAACAGAUCAAGUCCACCUCCUCAUGGACCAGCUCACAGAGCCAUUGCAGCUCUAUCAAAAAAUAGCACAGAGGGCUGAGCAGCGCACCUCCUUCCUCAGCAAGAUCCCCACCUCUCUCCAGGAGUUUGAAGACAUCCUUUGCAGCGCCACCUGCUGGUUAGACGAGGCUCAGUCCUGGCUCACUGCUCCCUGCUCAUUCACAACAGCCAGAAGCCUCCAGAGUCAUGCAAACUCCCUACAGCUGGUCCUGGAUGACUCUAAGAGGAUCAGGGACACCCUGCAGGACUUCAGGCCAGUGCUGGCUGAGAUCUCUGCUGUGUGUGACAUCCGUGCACAGGAGGGGAGGCUGGACCAGAAUGACCAACAAAUCCAAAAAAUGCAACGCAACAUCCUAGGGCCACUGGAGCAGCUCUUGCAGACUGUUGCAGUAGUGGAGGCCAUGGAAGCUGAGCUGAAGACGAUGGAGAAGAAUGUCCCGAAGAUCAGAACGAUCUUAUCCUCCAUGGAAAACUCUAACAUCCCUCUGACGGAGCAUGUCCACAACCGACAGGUCAUCCUGGCCAAUGUGCAGUUGAUGCGAAGGACAUUGGAGGAUAUGGAGAAAUGCAGAACGGAGCUUCACCUGCCACAGGGAGCGGAGGAGAGCCCACUGAUCUUCUCCCGAGCCAAACUGCUGCUGCAGUCGCUCACGGAACUUGAAAAUCUCACCCAGCAACAAACCUCACGGCUGGAGCAGGAGGAUUUUGAGGCGUCUAAUUCAGUGGAAGAAGAGGAGGAGGAUGAUGAGAGCUGUCAUUCGUCGUCCUCUGACACACUAACAUGCAGUGUUCCAGAGGACCCAGAGGAGACGCUCGGUGCGUCAGAUGUGCAAAGUGAUGCUAUUGCUGAGAUUACACCACCUUCUGAUGUUCAGGAACUGGAGAGUUUGUCUCAUCACUUUUCUUCCAAAGUGGAAACAAGCUCGAAAGGGGCUGUGCUGCUAUCUGUGAAGUCCUGGUUUGAUAGCUGUGACUUUGGAGCUACAGCUGAAUUUGUAACAAUGGAUUCCACAGCCGAUGCUGCUGAAGCAUCUGCGACAACCGAGUCACUCACCACCGCAGCCACGCCAGCAGCUGACGACGGGUUUACUGUUACUGAUGUACUGGAACUCUGUGAAUCACCAACAGAUGAAAGUCUAGUCUCUGACCCUCAUACAAAGUCCAUUCAGGCAGCAGCUGCUGUGGAAGAUACAGGGCUCACUCCUGCAAGUCCUGUUACUCCAUUCACUGCCAUAAGAGCAUCGGUUAAUUUCACAGAGGAGAGGGAUGAUCUGUCGUCGUCCACAGAUCUGGACACUCCCAGUGGUUUGAAGACACAAGGUGAAGUCAGCACCAGUCAGAGUAGUGUUGAAGAAUCCAAAGCAGCGCUAGAGUCCAAAGUACCGGUCAGCCCGACUAGACAUGAAGAUGGCAAGGAGCAGAUAAGUCAACUUUAUACCCAGCUCUCCCCAAAACGAACCACUUUGAAAAAGGUUGAGGAGUAUCAAACCCUGAUCAGCUCAGAAGAUGGAGGGGCCCAUGAAAAGGAGCUCGCCUCCAACCUGCUGUGUUUUCUGGAUGAACUUGAUUUGGGACAGAGUGAGAUCUCAAGUCUAAAAGAUGCCCGUAGUCUAGAGCAGUGUGUGUUGGGCAGACAUCUGAGAGAGAGUCCAGGGGAAAAGGCCAAGCUGCAGCAGGUUUCCCAGUCCUUGCUUCAGGGGCUGACUCGCCUGCUGGAACUGGGUGAAGAACGCAUAAGAGAAAUGCAGAUGAACCAGGUUCACAACUGCAGCCAACAUCAAGCCAUCCUCUGUGGACACCAGAAGCUCCUGCAGUUCCUCAGAUCACAGUUGGCUUUUGUGCAGCAUCUAUUCCAAUGUGAGCCAGAAGCACUCAGGUAUCAAGAGGAUGAGCGGGUACAGCUGGAAAUCCGGGCCAAAGCACUGCAGCAACAGGCUGUGGAACAGGAAGCAGCUUCUCAAAGGAGGCUCCAGGAGUGGACCCACUGGGAGGAUAAUUGUGGUCGACUGGGCAGGGUGCUGGAUGAGUUUGAUGCCUUCAUCAUCAGUGGGGAACCAGAGGGAGAAGAUGAUGAGGACUUUGUAGUACAGCACAGACUAGAUGCCUGCCAGCAAACAUUGGUCCAGCUGGAUGAGAGCAGAGCUGCUUUAGGGCUGCUCCUGGAUCAGAGGAAUGUGCUGCGGAUGUAUCCAGCAUUUGCUGCCUCAGUCAGUCAGACAGGAGGCGCUCUGGAGCUGCGAUGGAGGGCUGCCUACAGUCGGACAGAGCAGGAGAUUCAGCGCUGCAGAGACAUCCAGGACAGCCGGGCCAGAUUCCAGACAAACUUUGCCUCGGUCAGUAAAUGGUUGGUUGGUGCCAACAAACAUUUGAAGUCUUUGUCAGAUCUGGCAGACACCUGUGACCUGAACCAGGAGUGUCUUCAUAGCCGUCUGAUACAGCUGCUGGACUUCUGCAUGGAGGUGGAAGCCAUGUCGGUGCAGAGGGCAUCUGUUUCCAGGACAGUCACUCGGUUGAUCCAGCUGAGGGAAGAUCAUUGUCUCGGGCUGAGAGCUCAGCUCGCCCAGCUGGAUGUCAGCUGGAGCCAGCUAACCUCUGACCUGUCUACGAUACAAGACCAGUUGCAGCAGCAGCUGCUGGCAGCAUGGCCACCAGUGCAGUUGUUGUCUGACCUGGAAGACUGGCUGAAGAUGUUGGAGGGUCGGCUGAGCCAGGAGAAAGAAACGGUCCUUAAGGCCAAAGAUGCUGCUCAGGUCAUUGAAGCCCUGCAGCACUACCAGGAGUUAAAGGCAGGUGUGGAUAGUGGGCAGCUCCUUCUGGAUUUCCUGUGCCAGCAUGGGCCUCAGGCAGGGGCAGCAAAUGACCAGGCUCUCCAGUCUGAACGUACAAUGUUUGCAGAGACACUUGGUUCCCUCAGACUCCAGUGGCUGCACCUCCAGUGGGAGCUAGGGAAACAGGUUCAUGAAGCCGAGCAGAUACAUCACACUUGUGCAGACAGAGAGAGGCGGUUGCAGCAGCUUCAUGGUUGGAUAGUGCAGCAGAAAAAGCAGCUGAAUCAGUGGAAACAAUCCACCAGUCAAACUCUUGUUCAAAAGGCUCUGCUGGACUGGGAGGCUGUCGUGGGCAGAGCGAGGGAAGUGGCAGAAGCUUUGCAGGAGCUGAAAGCCACACGAGUGCAUGCUGAAAAAGAAGAGGCACAGCCCUGUGAUAUCGCCUUUUCUAACCAGGCAGAGAGUAUUAGCCAUGCUUGUGAGGACCUUGGUCAGCAGAUGGAAGUUCUGAGACCAACCCUGCAACAGACUGUUGCAGAGUGGAGUUGUUUUGACCAAGAUCUGAGGGAGGUUACUCUGCUCACCACCAGGGUGCGCUGUGCUCUGCAGCAUCAGCAAGCUCCUCUGUUGUCACUGAAGCAGGCAGAGGAAUACAUGAACCUGCUGCAGCAACUCCAGGAGAAGGCUGGAAAAGGAGGAGAUCUUUGGACAGGUGUGGAAAAAUCCUACCAGAGUCUUGUGAAGACUCUUCAUCAUGGAGUAGUACAGGCACUAGAUGAACAAGUGGAAGGAGAGCGAAAAUGGUGGAAGGACGUGGUGUGGGAGCUAAAGGAAGAGCAUGUGAAGACUGGGGAGACACUUUCCCUCUGGCAGGAGUACAGUCUGCUCUCUGAUCACUGCUCCCUUCACUUGCAAAACCUGUGGCAUCAGUGGGAGGAGCUGCUGAGUUCUUCAUCUUCACCUGAACGGGACACACAGGCCUUGGUUUACUCAGUCAAGAAGUUGCAGGAUGCUGCUGAGGGCUUGAAAAGCAUUGUGGACGAUGCUCUGGCAGCAUCUAAGCGUCUUAUGGAACGGCUAGAACCAUCAGCUACAAAUUUAGUCCAGUCAGAGAUCAGCCUGAGGAUUUAG